GUUGAAUUUGAAAUGAAGACUUCUGAAAACUUCAAUUUUCAUGAAGUUCCAGAUGAGUUGAGCACUACAAACAAAAGUUCUGAGAGUAUAGAAGAAGGAAAUCAAGGGCAACUUUUUGGAGGGGAAGACUGGGGAGAAUCAGCAGGCACUGAUUCUAACUGUGCUGAUUAUGUAUCCUUGAAGGCUAACUCAUCAAAGGAACAUCUAAUUUUCUUCUCUCGUCACCAAGAAUCGUUCUUGGACUCUGAUAUUCUUUGUGGUCUAGAAGAUGAUAUUUUUUCUCCACCACUUCAAAAAUCUUUGGGCGACAUUUCAAGGCUUGGUGAAAUUCAGAAUGAUGCUCAAGACCAACCCAAGAAGACGAAGCACGACCAGUUUACUUUAACCUCACUUGGACUCCUAAAAAGUUAUGUCAAGGGGCUGAAACGACUGAGCAGUGAAAGAAUCGUUAAGCCAACCAAUGAUACGCCAAUCAUAGAGGUGGCAAGCCAGGGAUUUUCAACUGAGGGAAUCAUGAGGAUUGCUGCAGAAAGGUUUAUCCAGUCCUUUAUUAAAACUGUUGAUGUUGUCUCUAUGCUUGAUAGUCCUUUUGAUAUUUCUUUCUCAGGCCUUCCUGAUGAUGAGGCUAAAAAGUUGGAGCUUGCUGAACUCCUGCUUGCAUCUGCUGAGAAAGUGAGCAAUCAACAGUAUGAUUGUGCAAGGACAUUGCUAAACCAAUGUGAUUGCUUAUCAUCCAAUACUGGAAAUGCUGUUGAAAGAGUAGUUCAUUAUUUUUGUAAAGCACUUGGAAGGAGGAUUGAUCAAGAAACAGGAAAGAUCGCAUUUCAGGGUUUAGAAAAGCAACAGUUCUUCAAUAUUGAUGAGGCAAUCAUGGCUCCGACAUCCAACAUUCUUGCAUGCUACCAAGAAGUCCCCUUCUCCCAGGUUUCACACUUUGCUGGAAUCCAAGCUGUUGUAGAAAAUGUGACCGAGGCAAAGAGAAUUCAUGUGAUAGAUCUCGGAAUCAGGACAGGAGUGCAAUGGACAGGUUUGAUGCAAGUUUUGGUGUCGCAAUCUGACUUCUCUCUGGAGCUUCUGAAGAUAACAGCUGUUGGGACGACUUUGAAACGAUUAAUUGAGGAUACUGGUGAGAGGCUAACAAGUUUUGCCGAGUCCAUUGGCUUACACUUCUCUUUUAACACAGUUAUGGUGUCAGACAUAUUGGAGCUCAAAGAAGAUUUAUUUGAGUUAGAUGCUGAUGAAACAGUAGUUGUCUACUGCGAAUACUUACUAAGGAGCCUCAUUCCAUCGCCAGACAGGCUGGAUUCUAUGAUGAAAGUGAUCAGAAAUCUCAAUCCAACCAUAAUGGUGGUUACUGAACCUGAGUUUAAUUCCACUUCACCAUACUUUCUGAACCGUUUCAUUAAAUCUCUUUUCUACUUCAGCGCAUACUUUGAUUGCCUUGAAUGUUGUAUGAGAGAUAAUCCAAACAGGAUGACUAUAGAAUCUUUGCAUUUUGCUGAGGCAAUCAGAAAGACGGUGACCACUGAGGGAGAGGAGAUGAAGAUCCAAAAUGCAACACUUGAAGUUUGGAGGGCAUUCUUCGCCCGUUUUGGGAUGGAGGAGACUGAGCUGAGCACAUCAUCUUUGUACCUAGCAGAGCUGGUAGCUAAGAAUUUUGCUUGUGGGAGUGCUUGUACACUUGGCAUGGAUGGGAAAAGCCUGCUCAUUGGAUGGAAGGGUACAGCAAUGCAUUCUCUUUCUGCAUGGAAAUUCAUUUGACAUUAAUAUCUCUACCAAAAGUGUAUAGCAUUGUCUUCACCUGUCAUUGCUCUAUUUUCUCUCAGCUUGCCUGCUUAAUACAGAACACUACAUAACCUUGUACUUGAGCAGAAACCAGAGUAUCCAACUGUGACUUGGAAUAGAACAAUAUCCAACUGUGACUUGGAAUAGAACAAUAUGCAACUGUGACUUGGAAUAGAACAAUGUCCAUUUGUUAUAGAAUAUUGACGAAAUUGGGAUUAAAAUUAUCAGCCAAUCUACCCCUUAUCUUUCUGAUAGCCUCGGUCUAAAUGAUACAAUGUUAGACUAUUUCGCUGAUGUUAUCAAGCAGUUUGAAACUAAUAGAGAAUAGAACGCAAACCUCAGCUUCCUUGUCUGCCUUCUCUGAUUGGAUUCUGCGCCUCUGUGCAGCUUCAGCUUUCUUCAGUUGCUGCUCCACUUCAGAGAGUUUCGCCUUUUGUUCUGUCAUCAACAAGCAGAUUGCUGAAAUAGGACAGGUUUAAUAAAGAUAUGUCCCACUAAAAUUUUAAUUUUUAAAAAUUGAAUGAGUUUAUUUCUUAUAGACUGUCACAUUUAGCUCCCUCCAAAUUGUUAAAAAAAAUGAAAAAGUUUUUUUUUGUUAGUAGGCUAAGCAUUACUGAUUCCCAGUGAACAAUUCUUUAAAAAAAUCAACUCAUUACUCUUAAAGAAAGUAUGUGUAUAACAAAAAUUACCAAUGGCCUAAUUGCCAUAAUACUUAUGAGCUUCAAUUUAGUAAAUAGGAUUAGAUUAUCAUCAA